GCAGGUGUAAGUGUUUUUACUUGAAUGAGUGACUCAUAUUCAGUUUCAAGAAGAGCUUACAAGACUGGUGUAAAGCUGACGUCAGAUUCUUCAGAAGAGAAUUUCAUCAUUGCCAUACUGGUUUCACUCUCAAAACUUGUUUCCAAGUCAACAAGUCUUAUUUCUGAACAGGUGGAUGUGCUUUCGCGAUGUGUUACCCAGGAAAAUAGUUUGCAGAUGCGAGUAACAGCAUUAAGGUGUUUGCAUCUAAUUUUUGUAAAAGAAGGGUGUUGCUGUCCCGUAAAUAUGUACACGAUCAAAGCUUUAUUCAGCAUACUAGAUGAACUGGAACUUCCAUCAGUCAUGCAUUGGGGAGCUCUCCAGAUUUUACAUAAGGUCAUCUCUUUAGUUAUGGCACAGGUCAGAUCACUGGUGAAGUCAUCAUCUGAUCCUUGCCAGACUAGUAACAGAUUCAUUAUCAAAUAUUUUGCAAAUCUAAAUGAAAAUGCUUUGGCUAGUAAACAAAUUGCUUCAGGCGAGGUUAUUGACUUUAAGGAAGAUAUGGGCAAAGUCUUCAGGUCCAAACUUUUAUCAAACAUACACCGGUUUGUGUCUGCCUGUCUUCAAAUCCUCAAUGAAGCUGGUGCAAUCACUGCCAAUGUCUUUGACAAAGUACAUUUUCUGGUGGAGCAUCUACAUCAUGGCAGGGUAUUUGAUUACUAUACACGUACUGUUUACUCUUUGCUAUUGCAUUCUCAUCUUGUUGGAGUUGUUAUCGAGCACCCAUUUAAGCAAGAACUCUAUACCCUUGAACAUGCCUGCAAGAUGUUGUCAGGGAGGGAUUACUGGCAUGCCUAUAAAGCAGGAAUAUAUGCGGCAAGUCAGGGAGCAUGGAUUACAGCAACUUUUAUUUUUGCAGAGCUCAUUAGAAGAGUUCAGUCUGAUUCCUGUUAUUGCUGGCUUAAAUCGUUAGUUCAGUUUUUCCAUUCUGAGGCAAAACACUGGCUUAGUUCUUUGGCAAAGCAAGAUUCUUUCGUAGUAGGUUCAAUGGGAAUGAAUGAACUCCUUACUUUUUUGAAAGAUAAUUUUGGAGAACUCGGACAAGAUGCCACAGGGAAUGACAGUGUGCUUAAUUAUAGGGAUGUUCUUGUUGGGGCAUGCCAUAAUGCAUGUUCUUCAAUAGAAACAUUAGAAAGAAUAGUCAUAUCUCAAAAAGCAUUCUGCUUCCAGAGAUGGUUCUUUUCUCUCAGAACAAAGUUUAUUGGGGCUGUAGGCGAGAUUCUUGAAGUGUUGGACACAUCUAAGCAGGAAAAUUUUAGCAACAUAAUUGAGGUUCAGAACAAUGCUUUGACUAACGCCAAAUGUCUAGAAAAAUUCACUAACGUUUCUUUCCGGCUGAACAGACAAGUGAAGGAAUUGGAUCUGAUAAACUCAUCUUUCAUCGGUAUGGAAAGUGAGAGUUUGAAAGUCAUUGCAACACCUGCACUUAGCUGCUCCGUAUUGGCCUUUAGUACCGGAUUCCCAGCCUUUCAUUGGUUCAUAACUCUUUGUCUUCAGCACAGACACCAGAAAUCGAAACCAGAUUAUCGUGUUGUCCGGCUCUCACCUCUCGCUAAGUCUGUGUCUUCAACUGAGAAACACCUCACCCGAACUCUCACUCAGAUUGACCAAGUUGUACUGCCUUCUUCACAGCAGAGUGUCCUCUCCGAAGCCAUCCCACGGGGAAAGAAACAACUAAGAAACGGAAUCGAAUCGUCAGCCUUGGUAAAUCGCUACCUAAGGGGCGCGAAAAGAGACAGUGAUACAAAUGAUGAGCAGAUAGCAAAUGAACAUUUGUGCGCUUUGAACCAAAUGGUAAAGGGCAAGGAUUUUCAAGCUGUGUGCUUGAUGUAUCUCAUUUUCCAGUGGGUUCUUACAGAAUAG